AUGAGCGAGCAGGAAGCAGAACUCCGACCUCGUAUUACAACACCAUAUCUUACCAAGUACGAGCGUGCUCGUGUCCUUGGUACACGCGGUAUGCAAAUCUCCUUAGGCGCUCCAGUUACAAUUGAUGCUGGAGAUUUAACAGACCCAAUAGCAAUUGCAGAGAAAGAACUCGAAGCUGGACAACUUCCACUUAUCAUUCGCAGAUAUCUCCCUAAUCACGAAUACGAAGAUGUUGCUGUUAAAUAUUUGAUCAUUUAA